AUGGAAUGGUGUAAAGAUUGUGAUUAUAUCGCAGUUGAAGAUUAUGCUUAUGAUGCAAAAGGAUUUGUAUUUGAUUUGGCAGAAUUUGAAGGUAAUAUUAAGAUGAAUUUAUGGAGAAGAGGUCAUGGUGAUUGUCAUAAAUUAUUACCUUAUGAAACAUAUUUGAAAUAUACUGGAGUAAAGUUUGAUAUAUCAGAUUUACCUCCAGUUGUAGAUGAUAAGAAAGGAUCUAUGCCAACUAGUGAUAUAUUGGAUGCAUAUGCAUUAUGUGAAUUAUUACGUCAUGAAUUGAUCGUCAAGAAUAACAAGAAAGCGCUGUCUGGGUUAACUAAAAAACAGGCUGAAGUAUUUACGACUAAGAGUAAAACAUCGCCCAAAGGCUUAAUAGAACUACCUUGGGAUAUAAAGGGAGCAUCUUAG